UAUGGAUUGUUGUGUACUUUCAUGAUGAGAGCAAGAGGUAAAAGAGAAAAGAGGAUUGAGGGAAGAGGAUGAUGAUGGUGGUGGUUAAGUCCGGGUGGUGGAAACGAGGUGGUGUGGGAUGUUUGGCAGUAGUAGGAGACGCUGGAGGCAAGGAUCGACCGGUCAGAAAAGUGAACUCGAUCCCAGUUUCAAACGCAUCGAGUUGAUAGGCGCCAGUCUGACUACGCGAGUUGCCUCUUAACAAUUAUUUAUAUAUUAGAUUUGACUAAAAAAAAGGGUUCAUAUUGAUCGAUAGAUCAGUUUACAAAAUUUUCAUAUUAUUUUUAAAUUUUAAUUAUAUAUUUAUUUAAAAAUUUUACACGGUUUUAUUCACACCGGAUAUUACACCCCCGCAACCUUUUAUUUCCCUCAUUUUAUUUGCCUGAUGAUCACGCCAAUAAACACACGAUGGUGGCCAUGGUGGUUGUUAUUUCCCGGUUGCCUGGCAUCUUGGUCAAAAUACACCGAGGAAUAUGAUUCAAUGAGGGUCGCUAGAUGUGACUCAAAAUGCGAUGGAUACUCACCAAUCGAUGAGUGCAUGGAGAAUUGUUUAAUAACCAACUAUACAAAACCAGGUUAUUGUCCUGAGGAAAAUUCAAUGUCACCAUUUGAAGCUGCAUGUCUUGUUGCUUGUUCAAGUGAUUCACAAUGUUCUGAUUUAUCAAAAUGUUGUAUAAAUGAUUGUGGUAUAACUUGCAUGAAACCAACUGGUCUGGAUGAACGUACUGAUUUACCACCGAUACCAGAUAACAUUGAAAUACGUCGUGAAAAAAGUAACAUGAUUAGUCUUAGUUGGGGUAUUAAAACAAGCAAAGAUAUGAUUAUUAAAAGUACAAAGGCUAAAAAAGAUUGGAUGUAUGAUGAGCAAUCAAGUAUCAGAUAUCUUGUUGAAGAACGUCACGUAUUGGGACCACGUUACUUAGAAUCACGUUUAAGUUCCUGGUUUGUGCGUCAUCUUUCAAGUAAACCACAUACAUCAAUACGUUCAGGUCUUAAAACUGGUCAUUGGUAUCAAUUUCGUGUUGCUGCGGUUAAUGAAUAUGGCUCAAAAGGAUAUUCACCACCUUCAAUACCAUUUAAAACCGCAGAACCAAAAAGUCCACGUGAGCCACGAAACCUGUCGCUCAGCGGGGCACGUGUUCAUUCAGAUGAUGGUAAAUUAAGAAUAUUACUCAAAUGGAAACAACCACCUUCUGAUGUACCAAUUAUGUUUUACAAGCUAUACUGGAGUCGUUUAAUUCGUGGUCCUACUAAUGAUUCAAUUCUCGUUAAUCACAGAAGUGUGCCAAAAGAUAAAAAUUGCUAUGAAAUAAAAAAUUUAGAAAUUGGCUGUCAAUAUUUUUUGCAAGUUCAAGCAGUGUCAUUGUAUGGUGGUCGUAAAUUGGCAUCAAAAAAAGCAUCAAAAGUCUUUAACAGCACGGAUUACGCGAAAUAUGUGGAUGUCACGGGUCAAACGGGAAGAUGUGAUAAACAUGAUGCUGGAUUACGAGUGAAGCGUUUAAUUUGCCAAUGUGAAAGUGAAAUUGAGGCACGUUUAGCAUGGCCAGUUGAUAAUUUAGCUGGAAGUUAUAAUAUUAGCUGGCGACAAGAUAAAUCAUCAACUCUGCAAAAUCUUGUUGCCAAAACAUAUAUCACUCAAAAAACACAUUAUAAUAUCAAAGGCCUGAGAAAAAAUUGUACAUAUGUUGUUAAUGUUCAAAGUAUUGCUAAUGAUAUACAACAAAUAAAAUCUAAAAAUUGGCCUCAUUAUCGUACAUUGGAAAUUGAAUUUAUAACUAAAAAUUGUCAACAACGUCAAAAUAAUAAUAAUCAAAAUGAAAUUGAAACGUUCAAAUGUAAAAGAAGAAAAGCUAGAAUUAAGAAAAUUAAUAAUGAUUUUGUUUGA